AUGUCAAAACGUGGCCAUGAGGAGGAUGAGGCGGUUGAGGUGUACGCGGCGCUGCUGCGGCAGAGUGGCGCCCGUGCUGUGGAACGGAUUCGGCAGCGGCGGGGCGGUGGUGUUUUGCCCAUUGAUGCACUUGUCAUACGAUACGCCAUAUGGUACCUUGACACACGUGCGUUCCCACCUUUUAGUUACGUCACCCAGGCGCAGCGUGUCAUCUCCGAGGCCAUUGGGCGGGUGUCGCAUCCACAGCACUACACGUUUGUUCCCCUUCCGGCUCUUGUAGAGUCCCUCGUGGCGGAGAACACAGCGGAGGUAAUGCAGCAGACAAUUUCUCAAAUUGAGGAGUUUAUCGACGCUCGAGACGCGUUGGGCCGGUGGCUUGACGAGAACACCGGCGGCGUCGCUGACUACGCGGCCAAUGACGAGGACGAGUACAUGGACACUGCGGUUGACUUGGCUGCUACCCUCUGGAGAAGUGCCCUCUUCUGGGUUGCCGUUCUUGAGUAUAUUGAGGCGUUGUCGCUUAGCAGCGCCAAGGUAAAUGCCUUCGCGCUGCGCCCAAAGUACGAACACGCCCUUAUGCAGCUUUUGAACUCCAUUGCCGCUCCGCGUGUUGUAGGGUAUUGGCGCCCUAUAGAGUCUGCAAUAAUCCCUAGUGUGACAGGCGCCGAUGGUGGUGCUCUGAGUGCCUCUGCCGAUCCAUUCGUGAAGGGCGAAGCGAUCAAGGAGAUAACGGAGGAAGUAGCCGUUGCUGCCCCGAAACCAGACAGCCACCAUAACGCUGAAUCCACGCGUGCAUUUGUCGUGAGCAGGCUGUUGGCUGAUUUAACAGCACUGACCAACAUCCCUGGCGAUAGUCCUGUAGCUGCCGGCAUCAAUGCCACGUUCUACUCUAUGGUGCACGCCCGGUUGAACGUCUUGGCGGCAUGUGAUCACUUGGAUCGAUUUAGCACCACCGCUGCGGUUCCACCGCCACCGUUGACACCUUCGCUGCAGGCGCUGCAGGCACAGCGAGACGCCUGUGCACGGGGACGCCUGCGUCGGGAGGCAGAGCGCAUGAACCGUGACGACAUUGGCGUGCCACUGGACUUUGUACCAAACGAAUCCUACAUGCGAGCCGCGUUGGAGAAGAACAACGACACCCUGGGUGAGGACGAGGAGCUAUUCAAGGACGAAAUUGUAGAUUAUUACAAAAAUCAUCCACAGUCAGUAGCCACGAAGCGCCGAAACGACGUCACACACACAGAGAAGAGUAAAGUCGUCGAGGAGCCCGUGACGCUUGUAAAGCCGCACCGCUUCUGUAAGGUGAAGACGGGCUACACAUGGACUCAGUACAACCGCACACACUACGACUCACGCACGAAUCCCCCACCGAGAAGUGUGCUUUGGUACGAGUUUACUCUUUUUUAUCCUGCGCUGGCCAACACAAAGCAAGACAUGAGCCGCAUUUACCACAUUGAGAACACAACGAGGGGGCCAAACGACGACUACUGCAUCUUGGUUUUCUCUGUGGGUCCACCGUACGCAGAUGUUGCGUAUCAGAUUGUGAGAAAGCAGUGGGACCCACGACCUGGUGGCGUCAGAGCGAGUUUUGAUAGCACUGGCACUUACAGGUUAUUCUUCCGCUUCACGAAUAGCAACUACCGGCGUUGA